AUGCCCCAAACGCUGAGCUCUACCAGUAUGUUUACCCCCUGUGGCUUCAGUCCUCAUCUACACUCAGCAAAAGAAGAUGAUCAAGGGGGACUGAUCUUCCAGGAUGGAAACCUUGCCUCAGCAUCUCUUGAUGCUUUAAUCCAACAUCUUAUACCUACAACUGAUUACUACCCUGAAAAGGCCUAUAUCUUUACAUUCCUGCUGAGUUCAAGACUCUUCAUUGAACCUCAUGAACUUUUGUCCCGAGUUUGUCACAAGUGCGUUGAGCAGCAGCGACUGGAUGACCCGGUGCUGGAUAAGGCGCGGAUCAGAAAAUUUGGGCCUAAACUCCUACAGUUGUUGACAGAAUGGACAGAAACGUUCCCCUAUGAUUUUCAGGAAGAGCGGAUGAUUGGCCAUUUGAAAGACAUGAUUGACAGGAUAGCCCCGUGUGACGAGCAGGCCUACUGGAAAAGGAUGAAUCAGCUUUUGCAAACCCUGAAUCAGAAGCUUGCAACCCUUAGCCAUGGGCAGGAAGGAAUAGUCAAGAUCAAUGCUGCUGUCUCUGACAAGCUGGUUGCCUUUAAAAGUAAACCGCCGUCAAUUCAGAGAGAAAUCCUGACCGUCUGUAGUGACCCCUACACUCUGGCGCAGCAGCUAACACAUGUGGAAUUGGAAAGGCUGAGUCACAUUGGGCCUGAAGAAUUUGUGCAGGCGUUUGUACACAAAGACUCUUUGGACAGCACCAAGUCUUGUUUCAAUGAGCAAAAAAAGACUAGUAACCUUGAGGCCUAUGUGAAGUGGUUCAAUAGACUCUGCUAUCUUGUGGCAACAGAAAUUUGCAUGCCUGCGAAAAAGAAACAGCGAGCACAAGUCAUAGAGUUCUUCAUUGAUGUUGCCCGAGAGUGCUUUAACAUCGGGAAUUUUAAUUCGCUGAUGGCAAUCAUAUCUGGAAUGAACAUGAGUCCCGUCUCCAGAUUAAAGAAGACCUGGUCAAAAGUGAAAACAGCCAAAUUUUUUAUUCUCGAGCAUCAGAUGGACCCUACUGGUAAUUUUUAUAACUACAGAACUGCGUUGCGAGGGGCUGCCCACCGAUCCCUCACUGCACACAGCAACAGGGAGAAGAUUGUGAUCCCUUUCUUCAGCCUAUUGAUCAAAGACAUUUACUUUUUGAAUGAAGGAUGUGCUAAUCGCCUUCCGAAUGGGCACGUCAACUUUGAAAAAUUCCUGGAACUGGCUAAACAAGUAGGCGAGUUUAUAACAUGGAAGCAAGUGGAAUGCCCAUUUGAACAAGACCAUAACAUCAUCCACUACUUGCAUACAGCCCCCAUCUUUACUGAGGAUGGUUUGUAUCUGGCUUCCUAUGAAAGUGAAAGUCCGGAGAACCAAAUUGAAAAAGAGAGAUGGAAAUCCUUGAGGUCUACUAUUUUGGGAAAGACUUGAAGACUCAGAUUAUUGCAGUACGACAAGAAAAAAAAU